ACUCACAAAAUCACAUUUUGGGAUUUUGUAGAUCAGGUAGAUGAAUUUGGAGCAAAGAAAAAAUUAACCACUACUUUCACGACUCAUUCUCCAGUUUAGGCCACACCCACAUCGGAUUUAAAUCCUAAUACAGACACAGAUAUUAUCACUGCUUUACACACUAUUCUGUCAUGUGACCUGACUUUCAUGCUAGUCCAGUUGUAUUCACGUUUGGUCUUCUUAACGGUUAAAACUUCCAGUCUGGUCAAAGAUUUAGCUUGGUGCUGUCAUGUCACGUCAUGUAGAGCUUUCACUAAGCAACAUUUGUUUUGUUUGUAUUGCAGUUACUUACCUGAGCCAAUAAACAUGGAGCCAUCCUCAAGCAGUCAGCAGUACGGCGCCAAGAAACGCGUCAAAAUACACCCAGAUACAGUCACUGUAAAAUAUGCCACGCACUUCCCUCAGCCGGGGGAUGAGGGCUAUGAUGAUGCACCCUCCUUUGAAGACUUUGGCUCCUUUAUAGAAAGCAACCCCAGCAAGAGGCUGGUGACGGACUCGGGCCACGGGAGGACUUUCUUUGGAACUAUGGAUGUGCGUUCCAAAUCGUCAGCAGAGCCGAAGGAUAAGGGAGUAGGCGGCCAGCUGGCUAGUUUUGGUGAGGCCUCUGUGUUAGCGUCACGGGUCACCUGGGGAGCGCUGUUCGGCGCUGCCGUGGCUCACGGGUGUGUAGCUCUGAUCACACGUCUGGCAGCCGAUCGCUCCAAAGUGCCCUCAUUAGAGCUCAUUUUCAUCCGCUCUGUCAUUCAAGUGUUGUCCAUAUUAGUGGUCUUGUACAACAAGGAAGCCCCGUUCGGUCCUAAGGGAUACCGUUUGCGGCUCUUCUUCUACGGGGUUUGCAACGUCAUUUCCAUCACGUGCGCCUACACGUCAUUCGCUAUUGUCCCACCUAGCAACGGGACCAUCAUGUGGAGAGCCACGACGACAGUGUUCAGCGCCAUCUUGGCCUUCCUGCUUCUGGACGAGCGCCUCGGAUACACGGAUAUAGUCACGGUAGUGGGUAGCCUCUUCGGGCUGUGCCUGGUCAUGAUCCCUAACAUCGCCGAUGAGGAGAAAUCACCCCUGGGUUUCUGGAAGGAGGCGUUCGGCUACACCAUGACGGUGAUGGCCGGGCUCACGGCUGCUCUUUCGAUGAUCGUGUACCGCGCCAUCAAAGAGCGCGUCAGCAUGUGGACGGCGCUGUUCACAUUCGGCUGGACGGGAACCGUGUGGGGAGCGUCCACCAUGUUCGCCAUGCAGGAGCCCAUCAUCCCUUUGGAUGGCGAGACAUGGGGCUACCUGAUUGGCAUCUGCAUCUGCUCCACCGUGGCGUUUCUCGGGGUUUACUACGCCCUGAACAAGUUCCACCCUGCUCUAGUGAGCACCGUGCAGCACCUGGAGAUUGUCGUGGCCAUGUUCCUGCAGCUCGUCGUGCUGCACAUGGUGCCAUCCGCUUACGACAUCUUUGGCGCGUUGGUCAUCAUGAUCAGUGUGUUUGUUCUCACAGGCCUCAAGCUUUACUGGGUGGGGCGAGCCAUCCGACAGGAUUACCAGGAGAUCUUGGACUCACCGAUCAAAUGAGAAUGCCGUUGUUGUAUCCGUGUUUGUAUGUUUGUUUGUACUUCCGUGUACAGCAUGUAGGUAUGCGACAGUGUGUAAGGCUGUGUGUG